AUGAGCGCCCGGAGCUCGCGCACGCUCGCCGAGCGCGUCGUCCGGGCGCAGUUCGGCGUGGUCACGGAUAAGGCGCACGACCCGUUGGGGAUAUGGGCGCAAGGUGAGGCUCUGUGCGAGUUGGUCUGGCACGCGUUCGCGCUUCUCGCGAUGACGUUGUACACGGCGGAAAACGUGUCGCUGUGCGGACACCUCGAGGUGGUGCCGAACGCGCUCGCGACUUUGUACUUUAUCGGUAUCACGGCGUGCGCGCACAGCGCGCUGUGGGGGGCGAUGAUGGGCGCCAGGGCGGAGAGCGUUCGAGCGCUCAAGGCGGCGCGGGCGCUCGCGGGCGCCGUCCCGGCGCUCGCGUUGGUGGGAUUGUCGGUGUUUCCGCGGUGCAUGUGGCAUCCGCAUCAGGAGUUUGUCGUAUUGUGGUCGAACGCGACCGCGCUGGCGAUGCUUUUCGAGCUCGCGGUGGAUUCGAAAUACGUCUCGAGACGGUUCAGAGGCGGGACGGCGGUGACGUCGAGCGGCCAGGCGUUGGCGCAGGUCGCCUUUUUCGUCGGAUACCUCAUAACGAUCAAGUACUACAGCGUCAACGGAUUUGCAUUCUUUCGAGGGGAGUUCCUGGGUUCGGCGAGCUACGGGUGGUGGUGCUUUAGCAAGCAUCGCGCCGGGACGUUUCCGAACCAGACGGCUGCGCGGACGUACACGUGGCGCGAGCUAUUCGUAUUAGACGGAUGUAUCGGGGUCUUGUUCCUGACCGCCUAUCGCUACAAUGAGUAUAAAGGAUGCGAUAAGUUUGGAAAUGUAUGA